AUGCCAGUCAAAGCAGCUUUCGUUGGUGCGACUGGGGCAACUCUCAGUCAUGUGCUUGCCUGGACACUGAUGGCUAGCCACAAAGCUGCAGCACUCGUUCGAGAUGCCACCAAGUUGAGGAAAAUGCUCAUCUCAUACGACGUGCCCGAGUCCGUCAUCGACACAAACCUCGCCAUCGUGGAGGGUCCAUCUUCCCGCUCUGUACAUUCAUGUGCUGAGCUUCUCCGUUAUGAUCCCGAAAUCAUCUUCAGUGGCAUCACGGCCUUGCCCAAAUUUCAACUAAACCCAUUCAAACCCGUCUCAAUGCAAGACCUCACAGUCACGGGAGACUCAGCCGCUGCGGUUAUUGAGGCAUUGCGUCAGCUCAAGAAUGCGGGGGCGAUCAAAAAUAGCCCUGUCUUUGUUCCCAUCUCUUCGACUGGGCAAGGCAUCAAACGCGACCAGCCUUUGGUCAUGAUUCCACUGUACAUCUGGCUCUUGCGCGUGCCCCAAGCUGACACGACGGCUAUGGAGAAUGCGAUCAAGAAAUGCGCAACAGAGCCAGGGUCGCCACUCGGAGGGACUUGA